AUUAUUAUAGCGAUAGAUUCUUUAAAACUGAAUAGUCAAUUAUUUGUGAAAUUUUAUGACAAGUCAACAACAUUUUUAUUAAGUUUGUGAAAAUGUUGAAAAAGGACAUGAUCCUAUUAAUAGGAUUAUUAGUUUGUGUUAAAACUUGCUACUCAUUGGAUAAUGGUUUGGCUUUAACACCUCCCAUGGGAUGGAUGCAUUGGCAACGAUAUCGAUGUAUUGUGGAUUGUAAAGAAUAUCCAGAUGAUUGUGUCAGUGAACAACUAUUUAAAAAAGCAGCCGAUUUAAUUGUGUCAGAAGGUUACGAUCAACUUGGCUAUGAAUAUAUAAUUGUUGAUGAUUGUUGGUUAAAUAAGACACGUGAUGAAAAUGGCAGAUUACAACCAGACAAGGAUCGAUUUCCAAGUGGAAUGAAGGCAUUAGCUGAUUAUAUCCAUGGUAAAGGAUUAAAAUUUGGUUUGUAUGAAGAUUUUGGAACGAAGACAUGUGCAGGAUAUCCUGGUGUUUUGGGACAUUUAGAACAAGAUGCACAACAGUUUGCUGAUUGGGAUGUAGAUUAUGUUAAACUUGAUGGCUGCUAUUCUAAUAUUACCGAGAUGUACGAUGGUUAUACACAAUUUGGUAAAUAUUUGAAUGAAACCGGACGUCCAAUGGUUUAUUCGUGUAGUUGGCCUGCUUAUACAGAACCACUUGGAAUUCCGGGUGAUUAUGAAACCUUAUCAGAAUAUUGUAAUUUAUGGCGUAAUUGGGAUGAUAUCGAUGAUAAUUGGGCAAAUGUAUCUCGUAUUAUUGAUUUCUUUGCUGAAAAUCAAGAUCGUUUUAUACCUUAUGCUGGACCUGGACAUUGGAAUGAUCCUGACAUGUUAAUUAUUGGUAAUUUUGGAUUAAGUGAUGAUCAAAGUGAAUUACAAAUGGCGAUUUGGGCCAUAAUGGCUGCACCAUUAAUUAUGUCCAACAAUUUGGCUACAGUAAAACCUCAACAUAAAGCUAUUUUACAAAAUAAAGAUGUGAUUGCUGUCAAUCAAGAUGCAUUGGGCAUACAAGGACGACUUGUUUUUAAGAAAAAUAAACUUGAAAUAUGGACACGUCCAAUAUUACCAAUUGUAAAUAAUCAUACAUCGUAUGCGAUUGCAUUCAUCAGUCAACGAUUUGAUGGUCGUCCAUACCAUUUAAAUACAACUCUACAAGAGAUCGGUCUUAACAAUCCAAAUGGUUAUACCUUUAAGGAUCUGUACAAUCCUGAUAAAUAUGAUUCGAGUGAAGUUUACAAAGCUAUCAAAGUCACAUUAUUCCCAACAGCUGUGGUUUUCAUAAAAGCCACCCCAGUUGACAACGAACAAGUCCCCAACGAGAAAUUAAUUGAAGUAAAACAUAUUUUUUAAGUAAAAUAAAUUUUUUUAAAAUAAAUAUUACUUUUAUGUACC